AUGACAACGCCUCAUCAAACCGAUGUCAAGAAAGCCGAUAAUGGAGGAGAACGACAGCGACACAGCGUUAGCGAAUCUCAUGAUGGACGAGUCUCAGUCAAGAUGGAGGCUCGGCACAGUAACAAGUUAGGCAGCAUCUCGGGCGUCUAUAUCCCGGUUUUUCUAAAUAUCAUGAGUAUUCUCAUGUUUUUGCGCUUUGGUCUCAUUAUUGGAAAAAUCGGUUUCGUGGGCAUCCUCGGACUUCUUGUCACGGCAUAUUCUAUCGACCUAUUGACGACGCUCUCUCUAUCAGCCAUUGCCUCUAAUGGUGAAGUUAAAGGAGGCGGUGCCUACUACCUCAUUUCGCGGUCCUUAGGGCCCGAGUUUGGUGGUUCCAUCGGCAUCCUCUUCUACCUUGCUCAGGUUCUGAAUGCAAGUAUGAAUGUUGUCGGUCUCAUCGACUGCAUACGACUCAACAUGGGGCCGGCUUUUCCCCAAGGAUUUCUAAUCGGUUAUGGACUUCAGACAGCUGCUCUACUUCUUUGCACCGGUCUCUGCUUCUUAGGAUCUGCAACAUUUUCGAGAGCGUCAAAUGCUUUGCUUGCUAUUCUCAGCCUAGCCAUCAUCAGCAUCCCAGUCUCUGCUAUCUUCAAGGCCCCCUUUCAUGACGAGGAUCUUGGUAUCAACUUCACUGGGAUUAGUCUUGAUACGCUGACAGACAACUUCCUUCCUCAUCUCGACAGUCCUCAGUUCAAAGGUCUUGAAACAUUUCGCGACCUGUUUGGCAUUCUCUUUCCUGCUACCUCGGGCAUUUUUGCGGGUGCGUCCAUGUCGGGAGAUCUAAAAGACCCUGGUAGAUCAAUUCCCCAUGGAACGUUGUGGGCGAUGUUGACAACCUUCAUUAUCUAUUUCGUCGUGAUUCUUUCUCUGGCUGCGAGUACGACCCACGCCUCAUUCUUGGCCAAUGCCAAUGCCAUCUCGAUCAUCAAUCUCUCCCAACCUGUCAUCCUUGCUGGUGAAUGCGCCGUCACCUUCUUCUCCGCUCUCAUGGGUUUGAUCGGCGCAUCGAAGCUAUUCCAGGCUUUUGCGAGGGAUAAGCUUCUCCCUGGUCUUGCUUUCUUUAGCAAAGGCACGAAGCAUGGCGACGAACCGAUAUAUGCUCUGAUUUUGACGUAUGCCAUUGCGCAGCUUGCGCUUUUCGCUGAUCUCAACCAGAUUGCAACAUUCAUCUCCAUGGGAUACCAGAUGACCUUCUUCGUUAUGAACCUGGCGUGCUUCCUCCUCAAGGUCGGGUCUGCACCUAACUUUCGACCCAGUUUCAAGUUCUUCACUUGGCAGACUGCAUUCUUUGCUGGAAUUCUGUCAGGCUUUGCUAUGUUCUUUAUUGACGAAACUUACGCCGCCAUCGCCAUCACCGUCCUUGUUCUGCUAUUUCUGCUUAUUCAUUAUCUGAGCCCCCCAAAGCACUGGGGCGAUGUAAGCCAAAACUUGAUCUAUCAUCAGGUGAGAAAGUACUUGCUACGUCUUAGACCAGAGCAUAUCAAGUUCUGGCGACCGCAUAUCAUACUACUCAUCAACAAUCCACGUCGACAGACCAGAUUGAUUAAGUUUUGCAAUUCGCUGAAAAAAGGCUCACUGUACAUCCUUGGACAUGUCAUUGUGACAGACGACUUCAACUCAGGUGUUCAUGAAGCUAGACUGCAACAACAUGCCUGGACAAAGUACAUUAAUGAGUUCUCUAAGAUCAAGGCCUUUGUGCAGCUAACAAUGUCUCCCACCAUCACUUGGGGUAUCCGAAAUUUAAUACUAUCAGCGGGACUUGGCGGAAUGCGUCCUAACAUAGCUGUACUCGGAUUUUACAAUAUGGAUGAACUGCGAAAGUCAAACCCAAGACUGCGCAUCCCAGAUGUCCCCGUAUCUUUUUCGAAACAAUUGCAACGGCCCCCUAAAUCGAACGGCAAAGCGCCCGAAAGGCCCCGAAGACGGCGAGGGGACACAUCCGCAAGACUCAUGGAGGGUAUCCUCCCGACGGACGUCAUCCGUACUGAGAACAUGAUGUCCCCAAGAGAAUACCUGACAAUUGUAGAAGACCUUGCCCUGCGAUAUCGACUCAAUAUUGCAGUGGGAUGCGGAUUUGACUCGUUAGAAACUCCGCGACAGGAUGGUAUGAACACCAAAAAAUACAUCGACUUGUGGCCGAUUCAAAUGUCCGCCGAGGUUACGUCUGAUGGAAAAAGUUUGCUGACUACCAACUUUGACACCUACACUCUUAUCCUUCAACUCGGGCAUAUCCUACAUAGUGUGCAACUUUGGAAGCAAGCAUAUACACCACGCGUCAUGGUGUUCGUGGAAUAUGAGAGCGAGGUACACGAAGAGCAUGCUCGAGUCUUAGCGCUUCUUGAAAAGCUAAGGAUUGACGCACAAGUUAAAGUAUUCUGCUUGGCAUCGGGCAGUCUGAAUACCUACGAAAUCAUUGUGAACGGUAUAGGGCAUGAUAUAGAUUGGGAAAUCGUGGUUAACGAUACACUUCGGAACCAAGCUUGGUGGGAUGAUGUUCAAAUGUUCCGAGGCCGUGAGGACAACAUGACUUCGACUCAGGAGUUGGACCAACUCGAACACAUUUACGAUUCCACAUCUGGUAGACCCGGCUUGUACAACCCUCAUGAGGAAAUAUAUGAGCGGCGACGCGCAAGCACUACGGAUGUUCCCGAGCUGCCGAGACGUCCGGCUAUUCGGAUGCUUUCAAAGAUGGGUGUGAAUAUGGGGAUUCAUACACACCAUCUCCCAGACGACGCGCUGGAUGAAGCGAGUAGCGAGGAUGAUGAGACAGAGGACUCCCCAACCGAUGACCUUGAGGAUGAGGAAAUGGGAUACAGUUCUGAAUUACAUCGGAGGUUCAACGACGAAGCCAGUAUCGGCCCGAGUGAUGCAGUACAUCAGCCGUUGUUGGCGGGUGGAGAUUCUCAUGAUGAGGAUGGCAGAGUACGUGGUGACUAUUGGGAAAGGUUUGGCCGGCGUUCCAAGUCUGACGCCGUUGGAGACGCCGUUGGUACCUCGACAUCGUACGGCACAAUGUCAUCGUCUGCAACAGUGAAGGGUAUUGGUGGAGUCCAAACAUCGCAGCCAGCAGCAGCCUCUCAGCUGGCCUCGGAGUCCUCAGCAACGCAAACAGACCAGCGCUCACGUAAAGGCAGCAUAGCAUCUGUUGGCGAAGCGUUUCCCUCUCUUGUCUCACGAGACUCUUCAGGAACUUCGACAGCAUUUUCUCGUGUGCGACCUGCAAGCCCUACGCGAGAAGAUACAGUACGUCCAUACCGUGGUGGCACAUCAACACCAGGGAGACCAAACCUUUCCAGGCAAUCUUCGGCCGUGAAAUUCUCCAGCCGUCCGGUUCCUGAGACGAAGAUUGUGGCCUCAGAAGCAGAAGGCUCUACGAUAAGCUUUGCGCCUCCCUCUAGUUCCGAAUCAGAGACUCCAAAGGCCGGGCCGUAUCGACCAAGCUACUCUCGGCAAUCCUCUCAAGGCAGGUUCCCGGGCAGACCUCAACCUAGCACUCAAUCUUCGGAUGGUGAGUUCGAUAGCAGAAAGGUCUCUUUUGUCGACCAGUCUCAUUGUGAGCCACAAUCAACGCAACAUUCUCGAUUCCAUUCGCGACGCAACUCUCGAGGAUCCACAUAUGAAGGUGGCGGGUCUUGCGAACAGAUUCCUGAAAUGCUUGAAAGAUAUAGAUUAAGCUCGCAUUUGGAGGAAGAAGGCCAAGAUACGGGUUAUUCGCCGCAGGGAUUGGAGCUCUCGUUCAAUGAGCUGCCAAGCAGGGCACAGCACCUUAUCGUGAACGAGUUGAUGCGUCAACAUUCCAAAGAUACGGCUGUUCUUCUCAGCACUCUUCCAAUUCCCACGGAGGGGACAUGCCUGGAUGAGGCGGCGACAAUUCAGUAUCUGUCUGAUGUCGAAUUGCUCUGCAACGAGCUUCCGCCGACACUGUUGGUACUUAGCAAUAACAUGACAGUCACUGUCAAUCUGUAG